ACAACCACCAUGACUUCCACCGAAACGCCCCCCUCCUUCUUCAAAGCAACCAGAUACAUCCCCCCCGAUUCCAUCUUCGCCCUGACAGCAGAAUACAACCUCGACCCAUCCCCGGAAAAGGUCAAUCUCGGACAAGGCACCUACCGCGACAAAAACGGCCAACCAUGGGUCCUCCCCUCCGUGCAGAAAAGUCGGGAAAUCCUCCUCACCCAGGGUUUAAACCACGAGUACCUCCCCAUCCUAGGUCUUCAAUCCUUCCGCGACAAUGCCACUCGCAUGGCUUUAGGACCUGAUCUCUACGAAAGAAUCCAGUCCAGAGUCUCGACCUGCCAAGCCCUCUCCGGCACCGGCUCCCUGCACACAGCCGGCCUUCUCCUCCGAAGCUGUCGCUCCCCACUCCUACCCAAGAUCUACAUCCCCAGUCCAACAUGGUCCAAUCACCACCAAGUCUUCUCUUCUCUGGGAUUCGUCUGCGAGUCAUUUACCUACUACGACCCCGUGCUUAGAUCCCUCGAUAUCGAAUCGUACUACUCUGCUCUGAGGAACGCGGACCCGGGCUCGGUGGUUAUUCUGCAUGCCUGUGCACAUAACCCGACCGGGUGCGAUCCUAGUAAAUCUCAAUGGAAGGAACUUGGGCACAUCAUUAAAGAGAGGGGAUUAUUCCCCCUCUUCGAUGCAGCCUAUUUGGGGUUUAAUUCAGGAAACGUGGAUGAAGAUGCCUUUGCGAUUAGGUAUUUUGCGGAUGAGUUGGGGUUAGAGGUGGGUGUUUGUUUGUCGUUUGCGAAGAAUAUGGGGUUAUAUGGUGAGAGGACGGGAUGCCUGUUUUUGGUUACCCGUACGGAGGAAACAGCGAUGAAUACGCAAUCUACCCUUGAGAUGCUUCAGCGGGCUGAGGUCUCGAAUCCGCCGGCUUAUGGGGCGAAGAUUGCAGCGACGAUACUUUCUAGCCCGGAGUUGAAGGAUCUUUGGUAUAAGGAUCUGGAGACGAUGAGUGGACGGAUUCGGGAUAUGCGGGUGGCUUUGUAUGAUGCUUUGAUCAAGCACGGUGUACCAGGAAACUGGGACCAUCUCAUCCGCCAAUCAGGGAUGUUUGGGUUCUUGGGUCUUGAGAGUGAUGUUGUAUUGAGGUUGAAAGAGGACUAUCAUAUCUACAUGGCAGGUAAUUCUCGCGUGUCUAUUGCGGGGUUGAAUGAGGGAAAUGUGGAGUAUGUUGGGAGGUCGAUUGCGGAGUGUUUGAGGGGGUAG